AUGGCCUCCCUCCAGCAUGUGCGCGAUGUGCUGGCGAAGCUGGUCAGCUUCGAAACUGUGAGCAUUCGCACGAACCUGCCACUGAUCGAGUACGUGCAGGCGUACCUUGCGGAGUGCGGUGUGAAGCAGGUGACAGUGAUGCGGUCGGCGGACGGGAUUCACGCGAAUCUGAUAGCGACGCUGCCGAGCGCUGACGGGCGUGUGGAGGGCGGGCUGAUCCUGAGCGGGCACACGGAUGUGGUGCCAGUGGAUGGGCAGAAGUGGGACAGCGACCCAUUUGUUCUGACGGAGCGUGGGGGCAACCUGUACGGGCGCGGGUCGUGCGACAUGAAGGCAUUCAUCGCUGUGUGCCUGGCGCUUGUGCCGGAGUGGGUGCGGACGCCGCUGCGGAAGCCCUUGCAAAUUGUGCUGACGUACAACGAGGAGACCACGUUCGACGGCGUGCGGCAGCUGAUGCGUGAGCGCGGUCAGGAUCUACAAAAGUGCGAGGGCUGCAUCAUUGGGGAGCCGACAAUGAUGGACCUGGUGAUUGCGCAUAAGGGCAUCAGUUUCAGCUACCUCACCUUCAAGGGCAGGGCUGCGCACUCCUCGCUGCAGACCGCCGGGUACAACUCAAUCGAGCCCGCGAUGCGCGUAUUUCAGAAGUUGUUCGAGAUGCGCGAUCGCUUCGCCAGCGAUGGCCCCUUCGAGGAGGGCUUCCACAUUGGCCACACGACUGUCUGCCCAGCUCUGACGACCGGCGGCAAUGCAGCGAACACGAUCCCUGCCGAAUGCUCGAUAGGCUUCGAGUUCCGCAACGUGCCGUCUCACCCUGCGUCAACAAUCAACAAGGAGAUCUGGGACUUCAUCAGGGCAGAGACGGAGCGCGUGAAGCUGGCGUGCCCAGAGGGCGGUAUGGAGGUGGUGAGGCGCGUCGAAGUCGCGCCCUUUGGCGGCCAAAGCGAUGCGCCGGUGGUGAAGGCGCUUCUUGCCGCCAGCCCCGAGCCACGGGCGGUGACGAAGGUGUCGUUUUGCACCGAGGCGGGUGAGUACCAAGCCGCCGGCAUCAAUUCCGUCGUGUGCGGUCCCGGCAACAUUGAGCAGGCCCACAAAGCAAAUGAGUUUGUGUCGCUGGAUCAGCUGGACAAGGGCCUGUUGGUGAUUCGCCGCGUGGUGCAGCUGAUGUGCGGCGGGAGCGAGGCAAGCCAGCUGUGA